CGGACCAGACGCCGCGCCAGCUAUCUGGACUCUGCUCCUCUCCGGUGUAAGACGUGCCGCUCCUUCGAGACUUUGUGGCGCCAUACUUUGUGAUUUUAAAAGAUACUGAAACUGUUGCCGGCUCAAAGAGAGAGUAAUCGUAAGCGGAUUAGUGAGAUACGUGCUUGGCCGAGUUGCAAAUCUCGUGUGACGGUUUAGUGAGAGUUGAUUGCUUGUUUCCAAGAUGUCGGCGACGCUCAUUAUCAGCAACAGAAGGCUGUGCACAGUGGUGAUGGGGUGCGUCCUCCUGGCUCUCACAUCCCCCAUUGAGGCAAUACCCACGAUCUUCAACAACGAAGUCUACCCCAACCCCGACACAGCAGGUUAGCAGGAUUGGCCUCUCGAUCUGGUGAGAAAUAUGAGCCAGACGACAGACCUAAGGGAGUUUAUCAUGAAAUUUGUUGAGGACGAGAGAAUCUGCACGUCAAAAACCCUCCAUGAAUUGAUUGUCGGAAAGAACACCUCAGACAUUUCUGCUCACUUGUGGUGGAACAAGCGGUGUGGAGCCCAGCGCGGCUUCGGCGUCAAGACGGUCUCUCCGCUCUCCGAAAGUACGUUGAUCAGAUACCGUCGCAAAAGUUCAAAUCGUAGAAGUACCUCGCAGACCCCUGACAUGACCCCAAAUGAACGCAAGAAACUCGACAAACUGAUAAAGAAUAAGAACGUGCAGUGCAAGCCCAAGAAGGCCGUGGUGGAGCUCCCCAACGACGAGAAACCCUUGGUCAUGCUGAAACCCUCCUGCGUUUACAUCAAGCAGUGCGGUGGAUGCUGUGAUUCACCCCUGCUGGAGUGUCGCCCCGAAGUGGUCAAAAAUCGCAAGUUCAAGGUCCUCGCCUUCGAAAAGAAAGUAAACAACAAGCUUCGAUUCGAAAGUGUUCAGACUCUCAAAACGAUCACGGUUCAGGAACACAAGAAAUGCAAAUGCCAGUGUAAGGAGCGCGAGGAACAUUGCACAGAACAUCAAGUGUACGAUGCGAGUGCUUGUAGGUGCACUUGUCCUGCAGAUGUCAGCAAGUCCUGUUCAGAUGGAAAGAUUUGGGACGAGAGGAAGUGUGCGUGCGUGUGUAGUGACGUCUCCGAUUGCACUACUGGCAGAUACUUCGACAACAGCACCUGCAGGUACAUAUAUUUCAGUUUUAAUUUUGUUAUAUAUCACUUUGAGAGAAAUGUACCAUUUAUAUGUCAUAUUCUAGGCUACAACUGUUCCUUGCUGUAAUAUUUCUACACAGUAUCCUUUGAAUGUUUCUACAUAUCGUAUCCCUUGAAUGUUUCUACAUAUCGUAUCCCUUGAAUGUUUCUACAUAUCGUAUCCCUUGAAUGUUUCUGAACCCCUACCUCCUGUAACCCCCUAACAUUUGUUCUUGUGUUGCUUUUAGCGGGUGUCAUUGUAUGUGAUCGUCUAACCUUAC